GGAGAGGAGGAGAGGGGGAUUGCAUUGCAGUACACCCGUGCGUAAAUGUGACCAUCCUCGCCGCGGUCCCUCCAUCCCUCCAUCCCUCUCCCCUCCAGCCUCCAGCGGCUCCUCUCUCCUCCUCCUGCAGCCGGGAUCACCUGCUCGGUGGUCAGUUUUUGCACCGUGGAGUCCCGGGUGAAUCGGCUGGGCGCCCUCCUCCAGGGGUUAGGAGGAGCGCCGGGGACUACUUCCAGGUUCCUGCCGGGCUUCGUGGCCACGGAGAGCCAGGGCUCCGAGCGGCGGGAGAGGCGCGGAUCGACCCGCUCUCGGAUGCCGGUGAUGCGGGGUCUGAUCGCGCCACAGAACACCUUCUUGGAUACAAUCGCCACUCGGUUCGACGGGACCCACAGUAACUUUGUCCUGGGGAACGCUCAGGUCCAGUCCCUCUAUCCUAUCGUCUACUGCUCCGAUGGCUUCUGUGAACUGACCGGCUUUGCCCGUGGCGAGCUGAUGCAGAAGAGCUGCAUGUGUCACUUCCUGAAAGGCAGCGAGACCAGCGACCGUCUCACCUCGCAGAUGCAGAAAGCUCUGGAUGAACGUCGGGAGUUUAAGACUGAGAUCAUUCUGUACAAGAAGAGCGGCUCCAAGUUCUGGUGUCUGCUGGACAUUGUGCCCAUAAAGAAUGAGAAAAGCGAGGUGGUUCUGUUCCUCGUCUCUCAUAAGGACAUCACAGAAAAUAAGGACCUGGACCAUGGCAAUGAAUCUGACACUGAUGAGGAAACCGGCCUGGAGAUCCACCAGAUUAGCCGCCCUCCAGGCUUCAACAUGGAGCGCCGCCGCAGUCGGGCCGUCCUCUACCAGCUGUCUGGACACCUACAGAAACAGGACAAAACCAAGAGCAAGCUGAAGAUCAACAAUAGUGUUCUUGGAGCCAAUGCGAACCCGGUGCCAGAGUACAAGGUGGCAGACGUCCAGAAGUCUCGUUUCAUCCUGCUUCACUACGGUGCGUUCAAGGCCGGCUGGGAUUGGCUCAUCCUGUUGGCCACCUUCUACGUCGCCGUCACCGUUCCCUAUAAUGUCUGCUUCACUGCGGUGGAGGUACGAGAGGACGGCGCCUCGGCAGCACGAAACCCUCCGAGUGUCAGCGACAUCUUGGUGGAGAUACUUUUCAUCAUCGAUAUCGUGCUGAACUUCCGCACCACCUUCGUGAGCACGUCUGGGCAGGUGGUGUACGACGCCCGCUGCAUCUGCAUUCACUACGUCACGUCCUGGCUGUUUGUGGAUCUGAUCGCCGCCUUGCCCUUUGACCUGCUCUACGCCUUCAAUAUCAGUGUGAACUUUGGCGUUCACCUGCUGAAGACGGUGCGCCUCCUCCGCCUCCUGCGCCUCCUCCAGAAGCUGGAUCGUUACUCCCAGUACAGCGCUGUGGUCCUCACCCUGCUCAUGUCCACCUUCGCCCUGCUGGGCCACUGGAUGGCCUGCGUCUGGUACUUCAUCGGACGCAGCGAGAUCGAAAGCAACAGCCCCGCCUCCUGGGAUAUAGGCUGGCUCCACGAACUGGCCAAACGCUUGGGAACACCAUACUUCCUGGCACCGCUGACCUCCCUGCUGGGAGUCUCUGAUUCUCCUCAAGGCGCCGUGACAGCAGGACUGACCAAUUACAGCCAGUGGAACGGCUCGGGGUUGGAGCCGCUGAACGGGGCGGGUUUGCUGGGUUCGGGCCAAUGGAACGGCAGCAGGACCAGAGCGAGGACACCCAGCGGCUCUGGGACCACGCUGAGCGGCGGGCCGUCUGUCAGGAGCUCCUACGUGACGUCACUGUACUUCGCUCUGAGCAGUCUGACCAGUGUGGGAUUUGGCAACGUUUCAGCCAACACAGACUCUGAAAAGAUCUUCUCCAUAUGCACCAUGCUGAUCGGAGCAUUGAUGCACGCUGUGGUGUUUGGUAAUGUGACCGCCAUCAUCCAGAGGAUGUACUCCCGCCGCUCCCUCUACCACACCCGCACCAAGGACCUGAAGGACUUCAUCCGGGUGCACCGGCUGCCCAAAGCCCUGGAGCAACGCAUGAUGGAGUGUUUCCAGACCACCUGGUCUGUCAACAACGGCAUCGACGUCAGCGAGCUGCUGAAGGACUUCCCAGAUGAGCUGCGCGCCGACAUCGCCAUGCACCUGAACAGCGAGCUGCUGCAGCUGCCGCUCUUUGAGUCGGCCAGCAGGGGGUGUCUGCGCUCGCUCUCCCUCAUCAUUAAGACGUCCUUUUGUGCUCCCGGGGAGUUCCUCAUACGUCAGGGUGACGCCCUCCAGGCUAUCUACUUCGUAUGCUCCGGCUCCAUGGAAGUGCUGAAGGACAACACUGUGCUGGCCAUUCUGGGACGGGGCGACCUGAUUGGCUCCGACUGUCUGACCCAGGAAGAAGUGAUUAAGACCAAUGCCUGUGUGAAGGCCCUCACGUACUGCGACCUGCAGUACAUCAGCCUCAAAGGCCUGCGCGAGGUGCUCUGUCUCUAUUCUGACUACGCCCAGAAGUUCAUCACUGAGAUCCAGCAUGACCUGACGUACAACCUCCGGGAGGGACACGAUGCUGAGAGAGACUGCGAGAGCAACGGAGGGAUCAUGAAGAAGCUUCCAUCCAUCAAGGAGGACGAGGAGGGAUCAGGGUCCGAGGGCGAGCACUCCCCUCACUCCAAGCUGCCUCCUCUGGGUAGGCUGGGCCGGGGUCUGCGCUCCCCCCUGCGCUCCCCUCUACGCUCCCCCCUGCUGCCGCCGAGACCCUUCAGACCGCCGACCGAUCCCAGCCGGCCCACCAGCCUGCAGAUCCCCGUGGUGAGCUUCAGCUGCCUGCAGCCGGACCUCAGCCCUCGGUUUGUGGAUGGAAUCGAGACAGAAAACCAAAGCAGCUCUGCCCAGAAGUUUGACUUUUCUCCCAGUGCAACUCGGAGUUUCCUACUGAGCCCUGACUCAGCAGCUUCAGGGGCCCAUGAAGAUGAUGACACAAUGGAGACUAUUGCGAAGCUAAAACAUGAGAUGAGCGUCCUGUCCCGCCAGGUGAUGUCUGUCAGUCAGGAGCUGCAGGAGAUGACCAGCCUCCUCAAACCCCUCUUCCACAACCCCGCCACGCUGCUGAUCCCCAGCGCUGUGACUCCGCCUCCCAGCGUCUCCUCACACAGCUGCUCCCCGGCCCCGCCCCUUUUUACUCAACAAGCACCUGCUGACUGUUUGGACGAUCCUCCAUCCAGCCUGGCUCCAGAGCCGUCCUCUCCUCUGCCGAGCAUGACGACGGCGUUACAAGGAGAGUUUGAUCCGCUUCAGUGUUCGCCCAACUCCCAUAAUCCUCCUCAUCGCCCAGUCUCUCACUGCUCAGCUCCCCCGUCACUCAACAGCUCUCCCCAUGAGCACACAGUCGUGCCACAUCCCGCCUCCUCCUCCUCCUCCAUCCCUUCUCUUUCUUCAUCAAGCCACCCGUCAUCCAUCAAUCCCUUUUUGGUAGACUUAUCAGGACCAGACGGUGAGCAGCCUCAGUCCUGUCUCCCUCUCCAGUCCCAGUUCAUGUCCCAGUCUUACCCUCAUUCCCUUCCCCAGCCUCAUCUCCAGCCCUCCUGCAUGUCCUCCUCACGACCCCGGGAGCCUCUCCUGGACCUGCAGGAGGUGGAGUGGGGGGAGCACACUGCUCAGCUCAGCUUCAUCAAUGAAGGACAGCCCUCGGUGUGAGCAGAGGAGGUCCUCACACUGACAGACAGGAGCAACCAGCAUGCCGCACUGCAUGACAAACAUUUGUCCAAAGUUUGGCAUGUGAGUUAACAUGUAAAUACAACCAUUUUAAAGGGAUGGUUUGGGUUUAUUGAUGUGGGGUUAUAUGAGCUACCUGUCCAUAGUCAGUGUAUUACUUCGGUAGACAGAAGUCCAAACACCAGUUAGUUAGUUUCCCGAAAUUGCAUCCAUAAAUCAAUUGGGCAACUUCUAAUUGUUCAACAGCUGAUCAGUCAUGAGUUAAAUGUUCACUACGUCAGAACUUAUUAGGAAAAAGUGUUUCCAUCUUCCGUUUAGAGCAUUAAGUAACAAUUUUGCGCAUUUUCGUUUUAUCGAAUUUUGGUGUUUCCAUCAAGCUUUUCUCAUUGAUGGAAACAUGACUAAUGACACAAACAAUUUAACCGACCGUGGCAGCUGUGGACCAGUAACUCCAUGUUCCAUGAGGUAAAAUUACUGUUUUUGUCAAAGGAGUCUGAUGCAGUUGCCUCGCUCUCUUCAAAGCCACCAGUCAUCUGCCAGAAAAGAGCCUUCUGACAGUUUUCCUUCAGGUGAAUAAAAUAUGUUUAGCUGUCCACAGCAGUCCAUGCUCAUCUUCUGUCUCUCUGCCUGCUCUUACCAUCUACUGUAAAUAAUACACUGACUAUGGAUGAGAACUGCAUACAACCUCACUUCAUUAAAUCCAAACUAUCCACAUAAACUAUCAUAGACAACGAUCUUGAGCACCAGCUGUAUGCAGAUCUGAUAAUAAAAUAGUUUGUUUUUACUGUUUCAAUUUGGUUUGUUUGACAAAAUAAGUUGUUUAAAUGAAUUGAGUGUUUAUUCCAUUUCUACUUCAAACCACUCUGCCACUGUUUUCCAGAGAUCUCCCAUAAAUAUAGUAAGACCAACAAGUUUAAGCUUAUUUACUAUGAAUUGUG